UGACUCAGUGUCGCUAAUAGUCCCCGUCUGUUGUGGUUUAUAUCUUCCAGGACGUUUUAUAUUACUUUAAUAGCCCCUCGAGGUGAUGUGUGGUGUGACGGCAGCGCACAGAGGCACGUUUUGGGUGAGACUUUGAAGCGCAAUGUGUGGGUUACAGGCUGCGGCUUCCAUGUUUUACUGUUGACGCCUGGGUGGACAGACUGUCACAUGGAGCAGGGAGCCGCAAACAAACGCGCGCGUCCAUAUUUAAUUGAUUUUUUAUUUUGGAGACUGAACCAUUUCUCGCAUUGAACAUUGAUGCUGGAUUUCAUCAGUUGUUUUUAUGUAGCCGAUCCUUAAUUAUCUACUGAUUAUAAUUAGCAGUGAUUCUUUCACACAGACAUGGAGGACCCCGAUAUACGACAACAGAAGCUUGACAACCAGCGAACUCUUUUGAUGAAAAAGCAGCAAAACAAGAGGGCUGAUUCCCAAAUGGUAGUAGCCAAUCGGGAUGCUCGCCAAAAGAGUCGAAAGCACAAAGUGUCCCGCUCUGAUGAAACACCUCUGUUGAUCAACCAAUCCCUCAGCAACACUUCCCUGAGUGAUCAAGUUGAACAUGCCCAUGAUAACCCACUGGAUGAGAUCACAUUAGGCGAAUGUGACAUGACAACAAGCAUGACAUUUGAUGAGAUGCCUUCAGACAAUCAUGUCACUCCCAAGAAAAUGAGCUUGGAGAUGGACAAAGAGCCCGAGGUAGAGUGGGAGGUGGAGAAUGAUGCUCAGGCUGAGGGAAAAAAGACAAGGAAGAAUGAAGUGAAAAAAGAAAAAGAGAUUGAACAGAACGAUGAAGAGGACAAAGAGAAGGAGAAAAAAACAAAGAAGAAAGACAAAGUCAAAGAAUCUGAAGACCCACAGAAGACAAACAAGACAACCAAACAAGAGCGGAAAAAGAAUCACUUACAGGAGGUUUCAUCCCAGGGGAUAGAGUCAGCGGGGGAGAUGGCAAGUCCAAAGAAGAAUAAACAUGAAGAAAGCGACAAUGAAGAGGGGACCCAGAGGCCUGUCCUUCAAUCGCCUAAGAAGAAAAAACAACUCAACACAUCCAGGUGCCAAAUAAGUGAAGAGGGCAAAGAUGAAGAAAGCCAGGAAAAGGUGAAAAAGGAAAAGAAGACAAAGAAAGCAGAGAAAAGUAUGCCGAGUCUCGCUUCCCUCAACUCCAACUACAGAGAGAGUUCAUCUUCAGACAGUGAAUCUAAUGAAAGAUCAACAUCUCCAAUGUCAGUGGAGGAUCUUGAGAAGUUUGCUUUGCGUCCAGCCCCCCGAGAUGCGACGAUCCAGUGUAGGGUCACCAGGGACAGGAGAGGCAUGGAGAAGGGCAUUUACCCGACUUACUACCUCCACAUGGAGAAGGAGGACGGCAAGAGGGUGUUCCUAAUGGCAGGCAGAAAACGGAAGAAGUGCAAAACAUCCAACUAUCUCAUCUCCACUGACCCGACAAAUCUGUCCAGAGAGACAAACUGUUACAUAGGAAAGCUAAGGUCCAAUGUCCUGGGUACCAAGUUCACAGUCUAUGAUGGAGGUGAAAACCCUGAGAAGAAGCCCUUCAUCAAAGAGUGUGAAUCAGUGCGGCAAGAGCUGGCAGCAAUUUGUUACGAGACCAAUGUGCUGGGAUUUAAGGGUCCUAGGAAAAUGACAGUGAUCAUCCCUGGCAUGUUGGAGAACGAUGAGAGAGUGUCCAUUCGUCCCACAAAUGAACCUGAUACUCUAUUGGUCCGCCAUGCGAACAGCAACACAGACAAACUGGUCACACUGGUGAACAAAUCCCCGAGCUGGAACGACCAGACUCAGUCAUAUGUGCUGAACUUCCACGGUCGGGUCACCCAGGCCUCCGUCAAGAACUUCCAGAUCAUCCACCCUGACAACGAGGACUACAUAGUGAUGCAGUUUGGGCGUGUAGCGGAGGAUGUCUUCUCCAUGGAUUACAGUUUCCCCAUGUGUGCCCUGCAAGCCUUUGCCAUCACCCUGUCCUCAUUUGAUGGUAAACUGGCUUGUGAGUGAGCCAUGCUGGUGUGCCUCGGGUGCUUAACUAGAUCCCUGAUCUAAAUAGACACUAUACUAUACCCAUGAUUUUGCACAGGGUAAUUUUUCAUAUUUUGUAUCCUGGUGCAUUGUAACACUUUGUAUACACUAAAUAUGGAAGAUACAUGCCAGAGACUUAGACUUCAGAGGGGACUUGUUUCAUAGGUCCAGUAUUAUUUUACAGCAGAUUUUAUAUCGCAGUGGAAAAAGUAAUUUAAGUUAAUUUAACGGUCUUUCUUUUUAUAUUUGCCAGAUAGGUAAAGGACUCCUGCAAUUAAGAUAUUGAGGACAACUGUGUAAAGACUACCAGGGAAAUGAUAAUUAAAUGAAAUUAAAUGAUAAUAAUACAAUGUUUGUAAGUCUAUGAUUUUUUUUUUUUAAACAUAUUUUAAAUAGAAAGUCAAUCAUUCACUCAGAUCUACAUCAGAUUACGUGUUAUUUCAAGCCAAAGUUACAUCUAGGACUGUUUGCUGUCAUUUUAAAAUAUUUAUCAGAAAGAAGGAAGCAUUCUUAUCAAAAUACAAAAUUUUUUUGAAAAAAGCCCUGAUAUCAGAUGCUGCGGGACUGCAACAGGUUGC